GACAGUGAACUCCUGACAUUCAACAUCUCCCGGCACCAGUCAUGGUGGAGUGAAAAUGGUCCUGGCUGUGUAAGGAAGGAGGCUUCAAUGUCUGGCAUCAAAGGGCUGGAUAGCCAUUCCUACAUCUCUGUAAUAGGCUGUGCCCUGGAGUAUCGGUACAUCGAGGUCAUGCACAGCUCCUUCCAGAUCUUGAUCGCGCUGGUGGGCUUUGUCUAUGCCUGUUACGUUGUUAGUGUUUUUACAGAAGAAGAAGACAGCUUUGAUUUCAUUGGUGGAUUUGAUCCAUUUCCUCUCUACCAUGUCAAUGAAAAACCCACCAACCUUUUGUUCAAGCAGACAUACCUGCCUGCGUAAAUAAAGAAGUAGCAGAGGAUGGAUAAGCCUUGCACUCCACCAUCAAAGGUGCUGCAGGAAAUAAUCCCCUGUGGCCUGCAUCUUUGGCAGAGGAAAUGCAGGAUGGUGAACUCCAUCCCAUUUUUUGUUCCUUGUCUUCUUUUCAAAUGCAAUGACUGUACAUUGAAGAAUGGCCAUGUGGUUGGUUUUUAAUUCUCCAAGUGCCCUGACGAACCUUUCCUAUCAUAGUCUGGUGGUACUAGCCAAUAAAUGGCACAGGCCUGAAGACCUUGGGCACAACAAGUUCACCAAGAGCCUCUCUCAAGAGAUACAGUUGAUGUCAGAGCUGCUUCCUUGCGCCAUGGAUCCAUAAAGAAGGAAGCACUGCAUAACACCCUGGGACAUUUCAUAUGUUUUGUAGUUAGCUUCUCGCCGUUCUC